CUUUCUCUUUCUUAUGCAUCUCAGUAUGCCAUUAUAAAUAUAUCUCACUUUUGGAUCUUCAGUUGCAUCAUUAACCAGAUUAAUAAUUUCAUAAAAUAAAUCCAUGCUUCUCUAGAAGAUUAGGGAUGGACAAGCUUGUUUCAGACUGGUGCACUGAUCAAUCUUUGCCUGAGUCUUAUAUUCUCCCACCAGAAACAAGACCAGGCAAGCUCAGCAUUCCUGGUAGUGAUAACAUUCCAGUUGUUGACCUCGGGGAAGCAUCAACUAAUCGAAGUAACGCAAUUCAGAAAGUUCUGAAAGCUAGCCAAGACUUCGGAUUUUUCCAGGUUGUUAAGCAUGGAGUUUCCCAAAAAGUAUUGAAUGGCACCAUGAGCGUUGUCCAGGAGUUCUUUGAGAUGCCUACCGAGGACAAGGCAAGCCUCUACUCUGAGGACCCAAACAAAGUCUGCAGGCUGUACACAAGCAAUACAAACUACGGUUGUGAAAAGUUUCACUUUUGGCGUGACGUUUUGAAACACCCUUGUCAUCCUUUAGAGGAAUGCAUUAAACUUUGGCCUGAUAAGCCAACUAGUUACAGAGAGGUUAUCGCAACAUUUUCGGUGGAAGCAAAGAAAUUGGGUUUAAGAAUCCUGGAGUUGCUUUCAGAAGGCUUAGGGCUUGAAUCUGGGCACUUCGAGAAGGAUCUAAGUGAAGCUCUGCUGUUAGUGGCUAAUCAUUACCCACCAUGUCCGGAUCCAAGUUUGACCUUGGGAUUACCUAAACAUUGUGAUCCUAAUCUCAUAACUAUUCUACUUCAAGGAGAUGCCUGUGGACUUCAAGUCUUCAAGGAUGGAGAAUGGAUUUGUAUUGAGCCUCUGCCUAAUGCAUUUGUGGUUAACAUAGGCCACCAGUUACGGAUUGUCAGCAACAACAAAUUGAAAAGUGCUGAACAUCGCGUUGUGACCAACUCGGAGAUGGCUCGAACAACCGUUGGCUUAUUUAUCAGUUCCUGUGAUGAUAGCAUUAUAGAACCCGCAAAAUCUCUGACCAAUGCAAGCGACCCUCCAUUGUAUAGAGCUUUUCAGUACAAAGAUUUUCUAAGUAACUACGUCUCCAUGAUGGGGGACACUGAGUUAGCUCUACAGCCUUUUAAGUUGCAAUUUCAUCAAGGGCUGAUUUGAAGUUUAUGGCAUACUUCGAUUCCACCAUAUAAUUACUUGUAAAUUUAAUUUUACUUUCCUAAGUACUGUUUUCCUUUGUAUCUAUAUAUAUGCAUACAAAUGUCAAUAUCAAUACUAUACAUAAAAGUACAU